AUGCGAAACGAAGAUGCUACGGAGGCUAUACUCAAGAAAACCCGCUACCGUCAAAAAGGAAAAGAUGCUUUUAAUAAUAAGAAGAACCUCCGAAUCAGACCCUUAAAGCUUAGCCUUUACCAAAUUUCGUCGGUAAAUACAAAAGGAUACUAUAAGUUGAAAGAGCUAAGAGAAGACGAGGCCUUGCUAGAUGGAACAUUUGCCGGCAGUCGAUUAAAGAAGUUCUACUGGCCGAGUCCGGCUCUUAGAUCAGGCGCUCAAAUGGAUUUGUUAUUCGAUUAUUUGGCCUUACGGAAGAGCAACAGAGCUAAUACGCAAGAGUCUCUGUCUAGCGAAGCUAGAUCGGCGGUGGCAGCGGUAACAAGUAGGCGUAACGCCGGGACGGGAUCCAAGCCAGCUAAGGGACCUCUAGCAUUAGCGGCGGCAAAGGAAGCAGCGGCGAUACGGGCCCGAAGAAAAGAAGAAGCAUUAUCAACUCGAGAGGCAAGAGCACGGCGGGUCUUUAUAAGAAGGUUAUUUGCAAUUGUGCUUUUACGAAAAACGUCGUCGGCCGUCCUAGUUCCAUUAUCUAUAACCGUUAUCGCAUCUAUCAAGACUAUGCCGGCACUAACGACUUCUGCGAAAAGCUAUCGAAUCGAAGUCAAGACGAGUGCGAGACGAAAAAAGUGUCGAAAGAGAAGAUGCACCGACUCGCAGUAUUAUCGAUAG